CAACUUUGCAAUGCACUGUUUUCGUCGAACGGCAACCCCAUGUACGGGUCACCUCAUUGAUUGGGGCCUGUGAAAAGAAUUUCACAGCUACUGAGCUCUUGGACCAUGCCAUGACAGCCCUACAUCAGUUGGAACUGGGCAGACCUCGAGCAGAUGCUCGAACGUUUGCCCCUCCUGAAUCCCUCAGGUACCCCCAUUUUCGAACGUAGCGGACCGACAUCAGGAACGGCCAGCCAUAUAGCAUGUCUCCCUCAAUAUGGAACUUCAUGAAGCGCUCAGGAUUUGAUCAGACGCCGCCUCCCUCGCAAAGAACAUCGCCUACUGGUCAUUCAAAGCUGCAGAAGAUGGCGCCCGGACUUACUGUCGACUCAAUGGACUCCCGUUCCUCAGGUAGUAGCUUAGAGGUUGCGUCACAGUUCUCAUACACCAAGGACGAUGACUACUCGAGCUUUAUGAGCGAUGUGCUAGUUGUUGGUGCUGGACCAUCUGGUCUCAUGCUUGCUGACAACCUCGUAAGAUAUGGCAUCAAGACAAGAAUCAUCGACGAUAGACCCGACCGUACCUCAACUGGACGCGCCGAUGGCAUUCAGCCCAAGACCAUUGAGACUCUGCGACAGAUGCGUGUUGCAGAGCCCCUCCUGCGAAAGGGUGUGAAGAUCUUCGACAUAUCAUUCUGGAAGUCCUCAACCGACGAGCCACUGCAUCGAACCGGUCGUGAGGUCCAUUACCCGCCUGUAGUCGACCUUCUCGAUCCCUACAUUUUGUUGGUCCACCAAGGCAUGGUAGAAGCUGUCUUCGAGGACGAUCUUCGAGAACGCGGCACCACGGUGCUGCGAAACACAGCCUUCGAAAGUCUUGAAUACACACCACAAAUGAUACGGCCCUUGACCGUCAGCUGCAGGCAGGAUGUCAGCCAAGCCAAGAAGUCAUUCGCAACUCGAUAUGUUGUCGGCUGUGACGGAGCGCACUCCAAAGUGCGAAAGGCUAUCCCGGGUUCAACGCCUGUUGGAGCGUCGUCAGAUGCAGUAUGGGGUGUGCUGGAUGGUGUACUAGACACAGACUUCCCAGAUAUCUGGAGCAAGGUCGUUGUUCAGUCAGAGACAUUGGGCUCGGUCCUGAUGAUCCCUCGCGAACGUGGUCUGACGCGUCUGUACAUUGAGCUCCGACCAGGCUCAGAAGCGGCUGUGUCAGCAGGCGAACAGACUCCCCAGGAAUUUGUACAGAGCCGUGCACGAGCCAUUCUGCAACCCUACAGACUGGAGUGGAGGAACGUCGAAUGGUUUGGACGUUACAAGAUUGGACAAAGGGUAGCUUCCAAGUUCACCGACACCGAACGAAGAGUCUUCAUUGCUGGAGAUGCUAGUCACACCCACUCGCCAAAAGCUGCACAGGGUAUGAACACGUCGAUGCAUGACUCGUGGAAUCUGGCCUGGAAGAUGAACUUUGCUGUUCGUGGACUUGCCAAGCCUAGCUUGAUGGAGACCUACGAGCAGGAACGCAAGAAGAUUGCCCAGGACCUCAUCGACUUCGACUAUGAGCACGCCAAUGCCUUCCAUGAGGGAGAUCCAGCUGCGCUUGCAGCAAACUUCACCAAGAACGUCGCUUUCAUCUCCGGAUACGGUGUCAGCUACACACCAAAUGUUGUGAACGUACACGCCAAGGGGUACACACGAGGUCACCUCACACCAGGCUUCCUCCUUCCUCCUGCCAAGGUCACGCGCUUCAUCGACUCGAACCCCGUCGAUAUUCAGACCGACAUCCCUGCACUCGGUCAGUUCCGCAUCUACUUCUUCUGCCACAACGUACAGGAAGCAAUGCCCUUCCUCGAGACAAUAUGCCACCAGCAGUCUGGCAUGAGCUCGUACGUUGGCCGCAUCACCGCCGCAGGUAACGCCUCGUAUACCAUGCAACCCCCUCUUGCCGCGCCCCAUGACCAAUUCGUCAUUCCUGAGCGAUACACACCUGUCAGCGGCAUCUUCACAUAUGCUCUGGUCACUGAUCAGAACCGUGAUGAGAUCGAGAUCAAGGAUUUACCACCUGUCUUGCGCGAGUCUUCCUGGUCGUUCUACCUCGACGAUGUGCCCCAUAAAGACACUCGUAAGCAGUCCGUCACGGACAAGUGGCUUGAUGGACUCGAUGAGAACGAGGUCGUUGUUUUGAACGUACGUCCUGAUGGUUACGUUGGCACAGUACGCAGGUUUGCAAGCGGCAGCAGGGAGAACGGUAUGGUCGCCGUCAACUGGAUGGAUGACUACUACGAGGGCUUCAUGAAGGAUCAGUAGAGUUUUUGGUUGACGGAUACGUUUCUUAAAGCAUAGUUACGGCGUUGAGUUGUGGGUUGGGGCGAUAUACAUGAUACACGUUGUUGUAAAGAGCAUGCUGCCAUGUAUGAAAUUCACUCUAUUCUUCU